AUGGGCAGCAACCAGACAUGGAUCACGGAGGUCACCCUGCUGGGGUUCCAGGCUGAUCCAGCACUGGAGUGUUUCCUCUUUGGACUUUUCUCUCUCUUCUAUGCUUUCACACUCCUGGGGAAUGGAAUCAUCCUUGGGAUUAUCUGCCUGGACCCCAGAUUACACACUCCCAUGUACUUCUUUGUCACACACCUGGCCAUUGUAGACGUGUCCUAUGCUUCCAACAAUGUCCCCAAGAUGUUGGUGAAUCUUGUGAAUCAAAGAAGAACCAUCUUCUUUGUUCCAUGCAUAAUGCAGACAUUUUUAUACUUGGCUUUUGCUCACAUAGAGUGCCUGAUCUUGGUGGUGAUGUCCUAUGAUCGCUAUGUGGCCAUCUGCCACCCCCUGCAUUACACUGUCAUCAUGAGCUGGAGGGUGUGUGCUGUCUUGGUUGCCACUUCUUGGGCUCUUAGCUUCCUCCUGGCCCUGGUCCAUGUGGUUCUCAUGCUGAGGCUGCCCUUCUGUGGGCCUCAUCAAAUCAGCCACUUCUUCUGUGAAAUCCUGUCUGUCCUCAAGCUGGCCUGUGCUGACACCAGGCUCAAUCAAGUCGUCAUCUUUGCAGCCUGUGUGUUCAUCUUAGCGGGGCCCCUGUGCCUGGUGCUGGUCUCCUACAGCCGCAUCCUGGCUGCCAUCCUGAGGGUGCAGUCGGGGGAGGGCCGCAGAAAGGCCUUCUCCACCUGCUCCUCCCACCUCUGCGUGGUGGGGCUCUUCUUUGGCAGCGCCAUUGCCAUGUACAUGGCCCCCAAGUCCCGCCAUCCUGAGGAGCAGCAGAAGAUCCUGUCCCUGUUUUAUAGCCUUUUCAACCCCAUGCUGAACCCCCUGAUCGACAGCCUGAGGAACGCAGAGGUGAAGGGUGCCCUGAGGAGGGCGCUGUGGAAGCAGAGGCCCGUGUGA